UGGCGUACGGACGCUCAUACACCUUGGCUCCCCGACCCAGUGGCCGUUUAAUUGGACAAAAGCCUUGCUUGGACUACGGUCUCGUUUUUCGGUGGUCUUAUAAAUAGUAUAUUGAAAUGAGUGCCCUCAUAUUUCUGUGCGCGAUUCUAAUUGGUUUCGUGAUUUAUUCACUCAUCAGCUCGGUGCGGCGUCCCAAGAACUUUCCACCAGGACCUCGAUUUGUGCCAUGGUUAGGAAACACAUUACAGUUCCGUAAGGAAGCUAGAGCUGUUGGCGGCCAGCACAUCCUGUUCGAGCGCUGGGCAAAGGACUUCCGGAGCGACCUGGUGGGUCUGAAGCUGGGCCGCGAAUACGUGGUGGUUGCCCUUGGCCACGAGAUGGUGAAGGAAGUGCAGCUGCAGGAGGUGUUCGAGGGGCGACCGGAUAACUUCUUUCUGCGUCUGCGAACCAUGGGAACCCGCAAGGGCAUCACCUGUACGGACGGGCAGCUUUGGUACGAGCACCGCCACUUUGCCAUGAAGCAGAUGCGCAACGUGGGCUACGGGCGCAGCCAGAUGGAGCAUCACAUCGAACUGGAGGCGGAGGAGCUGAUGGGGCAGCUGGAGCGCACCGAGGAGCAGCCGAUCGAGCCCGUCACUUGGCUGGCGCAGAGUGUGCUCAACGUACUGUGGUGUCUGAUAGCUGGAAAGAGGAUCGCCAGCCAGGAGGAUGGGACGCUGCGGCGGCUGCUCGACCUGAUGAAUCGGCGUUCCAAACUCUUUGACAUCUGCGGUGGUCUGCUGGCCCAGUUUCCGUGGCUGCGCCACGUGGCGCCCGAUCGCACUGGCUACAAUCUCAUCCAGCAACUGAACACAGAGCUGUACGCUUUCUUUAUGGACACCAUCGAGGAGCACCGAAGGCAGCUGGCGAAGGAUCCGUCGCCGGCGGAAAGUGAUCUCAUCUAUGCCUACCUCCAGGAGAUGAAGGAUCGCAGUGCUGGCGGCGAGAGCAGCACUUUCAAUGAGACGCAGCUGGUGAUGACCAUCCUGGACUUCUUCAUUGCAGGCUCCCAGACCACUAGCAAUACGAUCAACCUGGCCCUAAUGGUACUCGCUAUGCGCCCGGAUGUCCAGGAGAAGCUGUUUAGCCAAGUGACCGCCAGUGUGGCGGCUGCCAGCACAGAUGCGUUUCCUCACUUGAGCCGUCGGGAAUCCUUUGACUACAUGGAUGCUUUCAUCAUGGAGGUGCAGCGCUUCUUCCACAUCACUCCCAUUACGGGUCCACGCAGAGCUUUGUGGGAAACCAAGCUGGGAGGCUACGACAUUCCGAAAAAUGCCACAAUUCUGAUUAGCCUACGUUCUGUGCAUCUCGACAAGGAGCACUGGAAGGAUCCGCUGGAGUUCCGCCCAGAGAGGUUCAUCGAUUCGGCUGGCAAGUGCUUCAAGGACGAGUACUUCAUGCCCUUCGGCAUGGGCAGACGCCGUUGUCUGGGUGAUGCCCUCGCCCGUGCCUGCAUCUUCUCGUUUCUAGUGCGGAUCGUGCAGCAUUUUAGCAUUGUCCUGCCGGCGGGAGAGUCUCCAUCAAUGGUCCUUCUGCCUGGGAUUACGCUUACCCCAAAACCAUACAAGGUGCAGUUCGUCAAGCGCACCUAAGUUCGCGACUGGAGUCGAUGGUGCCGGUAUUAUUGGUCAAGAGAUGGUGCUGAAUCCUCUAGGAUAUUUCCAAGGAUUCCGAAAAUUAUUUACACAUGAGGAUAUUAUAAGCUUAAAGAUACAAUAAAAACUUAUGUCAAUCUGA